CGCACCGGGACUUUUAUGGAAACUUGCAGCUCCCGACACUGCGGCCAAGGGGGUGGAAGGAAGCGUCGGCGCACAGGCACAGGCAGAGGCUGCAGCGGCAGGAGCGGCAGAGCCCGGCGCCCCCACUUUGUGCCCCCCCACCCUGCCUCGGGAUCCAGACAGUCGGCCGCUGCGGAGGCGCCGAGUGAGUCCCGUCCAGCUCCGUAAAGUCACCAGCAGAGCCUCGAGCCAGCAUGACCGACGUUUCCCAGAAGGCCGAGAUUCUGCUUUCUUCAUCUAAGCCCGUCCCCAAAACGUACGUGCCCAAACUUGGCCAGGGUGACGUCAAGGACAAGUUUGAGGCCAUGCAGAAAGCGAGGGAGGAGAGGAAUCAAAGGAGGUCUAGAGACGAGAAGCAAAGAAGAAAGGAGCAAUUCCUUAGAGAGAGAGAAUGGAACAGGAGGAAGCAGGAGAUGAAGGAAAUGCUCGCUUCCGACGACGACGACGACGACGACGAGGCCACCACGAAGGCGGAGAAGGCUUACGUGCCCAAGCUGACAGGAACGGUCAAGGGCAAGUUUGCAGAAAUGGAGAAGCAAAGGCAGGAGGAGCAAAGGAAAAGAACGGAGGAGGAACGCAAGCGCAGGAUUGAACAAGACCUGUUAGAAAAGAGGAAAAUCCAGCGCGAGUUAGCGAAGCGUGCUCAGCAGAUGGAGGACAGAAACGCGGUGGGGCCAGAGUCAGCAGCGGAGGAAGGAGAUGCUUCGCUGCUGGUGACGGUGGUGCCAGGAAGAGCCCACAAGACGGCGGGGAAUGUGCAGAAGGCUUUUGAGGACCUGGAAAGAGCCGGCGGGGAAGAGCAGCGAGUCCUCAAGGAGGCCAUGUGCCUUUCGCUGGUGAUGGAUGAGGAGGCGGAGGACGUGGCCGGUGCCAAGGGCUCGCCUUCUCCCGGGAGGCUGAAGUUCACUUUCGAAGAAAUGGAGAAAGAGAGACAAGAAACGAGGAAGAGGCAAGCGGCAGAGGAGGCCCGGCAGCGUUUGCAGGAGGAGCGCCGCGCCUUCGAGGAGGCGCGGCAGCAAAUGGCUGGCGAAGGGGGAGAGGAUGGAGGCGGAAUGCAGACGUGCCCCCGAGAGCGUCUUGGGCCCGGGAAGCUGCGGCUCAGCUUCGAAGGCCUGGAGAGGCAGAGGAGAGAGGAGGAGAAGAGGAGAGCCCAAGAAGAAGGCCAGAGGCGCAGAGAAGAAGAGAAGAGAGCCUUUGCCGAGGCCAGGAAGAGCAUGGUGCUUGAUGCCGACUCUGAGGAGCUCCACAGGCCGGGCUCGCUGGAGUCCCUCCCACCAGGAAAGCUGGAGAUGAAUUUUGAGGAGCUGCUGAAGCAGAAGAUGGAAGAAGAAAAGCGGCGGACAGAAGAGGAGCGCAAGCACAGGCUCGAGAUGGAGAAGCAGGCCUUCGCCCAGCUGCGGCAGGAGAUGGGCCAGGAGGAGGAAGAAAGCGAAAUCUUUGAGCCCAGCAGAGAGUACGAAGAGUUAAUGAAACUGAAACGGAGCGGCUCGAUCCAGGCGAAGACCCUGAGAAGCAAGUUUGAGAGGAUCGGACAAGUGUCUGAGGAGGAGAUACAGAAGAAGGUCGAAGAGGAGCGAGCCAGGAGAAGAGCGGCCGACCUGGAGAUCAAGGAGCGAGAGGCGGAACAUUUCCACGAGGAAGACGAUGUGGAUGUGAAGCCUGCCCAGAAGUGCGAGGCCCCCUUCACCCACAAGGUGAACAUGAAGGCCCGAUUCGAACAAAUGGCCAAGGCCAGAGAAGAGGAGCAGCAGCGAAGAAUCGAGCAACAGAAGCUCCUGCGCAUGCAGUUCGAGCAGGAGGAGAUCGAUGCGGCGCUCCAGAAGAAAAAGGAGGACGCCGCCGAAGAGGAGGGAGGCACCGGCAAGGGCUGCGCGCUGGAAGACGGGGACGAGCAGGCCCGCUCUGGAGCCCCGUGGUUCCGGAAGCCGCUAAGGAACACGACGGUGGUGGAUGGAGAGCCCGUGCGCUUCACCGUCAAGGUCACGGGAGACCCCAAGCCUGCGGUCACGUGGUGGUUUGAAGGCGAGAGGCUAGAGGAUGGGGAGGACUAUCAAUACAUCGAGCGAGGAGACACGUACUGCCUUUACCUCCCAGAAACCUUCCCGGAGGACCAAGGGGAGUACAUGUGCCACGCGGCCAACGGCAGGGGCACCGCGGCCAGCACCUGCAUCCUCACCAUCGAAACCGACGACUACUAGCUCCCUCCUCUCUGGAGCCUGCAGCCGCCCCUUUCUGUGUGGGGCCAGGCAGGGCCCAUGAGCACGUCUUCGGAAUGGACUCUAAAGCUAGUGAAGAGACUGGAUCAAAUGAGGGGAGACGUCUCGGGGUGCCCAUCGAGAAGGGCCGCCCCCACGUCCCGGCUUCGGAGAAGGACAAAGAAAUGGCAGCCAAAUGGCUCCGGAGUCCAGAGCGCGCCGGGCCGGCAUCUGGGCAAAGGACAAGGAAAGGCCGAGCAAACACCUCGGGUCGCCCUCAUGUCAGAACCCCAAUAAAGUCAGCUGUGUAGCAAA